CUCGAGAGCCGCACCGAGCUCAGCCAGCGGAUGUCGUGGCGAGCAUGCGGACCGGAGCUGCACAGUCUGCGCUCUGCCCACGAGCCUCUCUACAGCUAGCGUCACUAUGACAUCGCCUGCGCCGUCUAUCAGCUCGAUUGCCGAGCCAGAUGUUGUGAGCAAUGGCACCGAACAAUCAGCCCAAGCGACGCCCAAUGGCACUCCCAAUGGAGCUGAGGACAAAGUUCAAGGCUCAUCCGAGCCUGAUGACUCGCACGAGGAAGAAGAGGAUGAGGAGCCGACGCUCAAAUAUGCGAAAUGGCCCUUGGAGAUCCCGAACAAGGACAGCGCAUCUGCUUUGGCAGUAUGUGAGGCCUUUGUCGCUGUGGGCACGCAUGCCGGACUGCUCCUCUUGCUCGAUCCUGUCUCCUCAAAAACCAUCAAAAGGCUCAGACCACACACGGCAACGAUAUAUUCGAUCUCGAUCGAUUACCCCAAGCAUGAGUAUAUAGCCACCUCGAGCGUUGACGGCAAAGUGUCAAUCUUGUCAUUGGCGCAGUCAAAUGAUGUCAGUCAGUUUGAUCUCAAGCGGCCUGUGAGAGCCGUGGCGCUCGAGCCCAACUACUCGCAGCGAAAGACGCGUCAAUUCGUCUCGGGUGGCAUGGCGGGUUUGCUCACAAUGCACGAGAAAGGCUGGCUAGGAAGCAAAGAGGUCGUCAUCCACUCUGGCGAAGGCGCGAUCCUUGCGAUACAAUGGCGAGGCACGUUGAUAGCUUGGGCAAAUGAGCAAGGUGUCCGAAUAUGGGACACGCACUCGCAAGAGAUGGUCACCUUGCUGCCUCGGUCUGCUGGUGCACCCCGACCAGACCUCUUCAAGUGCACGCUGCAAUUUGUCGGCGAUGAUACGCUGCUGAUAGCGUGGGCUGAUCUCAUCAAAGUCGUCUCCGUCAGAGAACGCGCAAGACCGAUUUCGAAGCGACAGUCUGGCCAGCAUGAGCAUGCUCAUCUACAAGUCAAGACAGAGCAAGUUUUUCAAGUCGACUGCAUGAUCUCUGGUAUCGUGCCAUACCUGCAGGACUAUAUCAUUCUGGCCUAUCUUACCCCAGACAAUGCAUACUCUGACGAGGCCGUCGAAGACCGAGAUCUGCAACGCCGCGUCGCCGCGCAAAGGCCAGAAUUACGCAUCAUCAACGCAGCUGGCGAGGAGCUUUCCGCAGAUGCGCUCAGCCUGACGACUUUUCAGCGCUACUCAUGUAACGAUUACAGCUUGGUUGUCCAUCCCUCGCAGAACCGCUUCUACACGGUCUCGCCGCAAGAUCUCAUCGUUGCCGAGCCAAGGGACGCUUCAGAUCACAUUGUCUGGCUGCUCGAUCAUUCACGCUACGAAGAAGCUCUUCGAGCGCUCGAACAAUCAGGCGUCGAGCUCGAGGCCUUUGAUGCCACAGAAAUCGGCAAAAAGUACCUCGAUCAUCUCAUCGCAGAGCAAGAUUACGCCAAAGCGGCAGAAGCGUGUCCAGCAGUGCUUGGCGUCAAUGCGAAAGCUUGGGAAGACUGGAUCUUCCUCUUUGUCGAUCGCGGUCAUCUUGAGACGAUCUUGCCAUUUGUACCCACACACGAUCCUCGGCUUAGUCGGACUGUCUACGAGCUCAUCUUAGGCCAGUACAUGCGCAAAAAUCCAGCGACACUGCUUAAACUGCUCAAAAAAUGGCCGCAUGAUAUCUACAAUGUCGAGACUGUUAGUCUAGCAGUCCAAAGUCGCAUCGACAAAGCUCCCUCGGCGCCCAUUCUGAUGGAAUGCCUGGUAGAACUUUAUUUGAUGAACCGCCAAUUCGCUAAAGCAGUACCGCUCUUCUUGAGGUUAAGGCGGCCGGGCGUCUUUGAUCUCAUCAAGGACCACAAUCUGUUCGCUGCAGUACAAGAUCAAGCCAUGCACUUGGUAGAAUUCGACAAGGACACAAUCAAACGUAAGAACAUCGACGAGCAAUCGACAGUCCGUCAAGAUGUAGCAGGCUCUCCUCUUGCGCAAUCUCGACACGGUGCAGCGAUCGAGCUUCUGGUCGAUCAUACUCACUCGAUACCUAUCAACCGCGUCGUCACACAACUCAUGCCUCGACGUGACUUUCUGUACAUGUAUCUCGACGCACUGUUCGACAGGGAUUCCCAGCAGACAUUCGCCUACAGCGAUCUGCAAGUCGAGCUUUACUCGGAACAUGACGUGCCCAAACUGCUCGACUUCUUACGUGCGAGCAAUGACUACAGUCUCGAAAAAGCAUAUCAGAUCUGUUCGGACAAAGAUCUCGUGUCUGAGAUGGUCUUCUUGCUCGGCCGGAUGGGCAACAACAAGCAAGCACUCAAUGUGAUCAUUCAGCGAUUGGGCGACGUCAAUCGCGCUAUACAAUUCGCAAAGGACCAAAAUGAUCACGAUCUGUGGGAAGACCUUUUGCACUAUGCCGAGUCUCGACCUAUGUUUAUUCGAGCUCUGCUUGAAAAUGUAGGCGGCGAAAUUGACCCGCUACGCUUGAUCAAGCGGAUCAAUAAGGGCCUCGAAGUGCCCGGACUGAAGCCAUCGAUCAUCAAAGUGAUGCAAGACUACAAUUUGCAGAUCUCGCUACGUCAUAGCUGCAAAGAUAUUAUCUUCAGCGACGCGCGGACCUUGGCACUCGAGCUUGGUCGCGCACAGACGCGCGCCUUUUCUAUCGAGCCGGCCGGCUCGCUCGAGCCCAGUCUGUGCCACAAAUGCGGACUGACGCUCAUUCCGGCCAGUCUCUCUGCUAGUACGAUAGACGAACCAGCAGACAAGACUGUGGCCGUACUUCUGUUCUGUCGGCACGUUUAUCAUCUCGGAUGUCUCGUCGAAGGAUCAUUGCCGGACAGACUGCCACUUGGCGCUCAGAUCGUUCGAGUCGGACCGAGGACGGGUCGGGCUGCGAGAGCGGACAUGAACGCACGAUUGAGGUUCCAAGCGUCUCUUGCUGGACCGCUCGAGGAAAGCAUACAUCAUUGUUGUACGGAAGGUGCAACGUGACGAAGACGA